AUGGCAUAUAUCCUGAUCGAGUACUCAAUGAUGAUCCAAAGAGUUUCCGGAAAUGGCAAUUUCAUUACAAAACGGAAUACUGUUCGACAGAACUAUAAUGAGAUUACUAAAAACGCUCUAACUACUCUCAAAGAAGUGACGGAAAAAGCUGAUCGUCUUCUAUGGCGUUGCGAACCCUCGCCACAUAUACAGAACAUUACCUACGACGAGGUUACGCGCCUGCUUCAAGGAUACAUUGAGAAUGAAGUGGAUCUAAACACCGAUGGGUCGUGUAGUCGGACAUGCGCUGAUUAUCAUAACACAACCAGCAAAAGUUGCUCCGAUGAAAAGUUUUGCGCUCAACAGCCCAAAUGUUCGGGUCGGAUUCACGACUGCCAAUUUAUAGACUCGGUUCUGUCUGUAUGCCAAUCACCAGAAAACAGCACUCGUCGCUAUGAGUAUAUUGAAUACGGUGAAUCGAAGAGUUUGGGAAAGAACGAAAAGUGUUGGCGGGACGUCAAUAAAGUAAAGAGCUGGAAAAAAUUUUUGUCCAUCGAUUGCAGCUAUUGCUUCUGUCUCUGUGAUGAACAAAGCCCAAAGUCAGAUCGCUACUUCAAUCUUCGAGAAACAUUAUCGGAUGUCAAUGCAAACAAAGUGGUGACUGGAGUGCGGUUUGUGAAGAGGAAUCGUAUAUUCCAUUUGCAAAUCCAGCAGGGAGUACUCUUGCCUCGUGGUCUCAUCAACGAAUCAACUGUGGAGUGGAAACCAGUCGAUAACUAUGAAAUCGGUGAUUCCAGUGUUAAGGAGGGAGUCGACUAUCACACAUUAACUUACCAAAAUCGAUCAUUAGAUCUGGAUGAAGUAACGAAACCAGAUGAUACAACUUUUGUGGUGACCGGUGUGCGAUUCCAGGUUUUGGAUGGACAUCUGAAUCUGAAAGUGCAUUUCAGCCAAUGGGAUUUUGUAAAAGGCAAAUUAAUCGACCCGGAGGUAAAUAGCAUUUGGCAGUCGAAUGAUAAUGUUUACAACAGAAAACAGGUGAACAUUGACAAUCUACAUUUGGCGAGAUGGCAGUGGUCGGAUCCGCGAUAUUCAAGAAAUAACCAAUAUCUAGAAUUUACCAACUCGGGAGUGUUGGACGAUGCAUCACAAAAGACAAUUCCGUUGAUUGAUAUACAGGAUGUUGAGUUCAAGCCGCCAGUGCCUUUAGGCGGCAUCGGCAUAUACUAUAUGGCUAAAAGCGACUUUCGGGGCUACGUGGGUCCCAGUAUCAUCAGUUCUAACCUUUCCCCCCACCUUUCGUUGAUUACUAAUUGA